AUGUGCAAGGACAGCCCCAGUACCACCCUUCUCCCCACCAGUGCCACUCCCACGUCGAAGGAUGCGAGGUUAGAAGCCUGUGUCUCUCAAGGGAUCCCUGUGGGAAUAAAAGCCUUUGCCUGCCCCUUCACAGGCUGGCCUCUCCUUCACCACUAUCUGCUGCUCUCUGGCAUGUAUGAUGCAGGUCCUUGGGAGGCUCCAGGCCUGGAUGUGGAUGACUGCUCCAGCUUGGUGCUAGGACACCACCUCCUCUGCUCUAAUCUCCCUUCUCAAGGCCUCUCUCACCUCCCUCUUUCUCCAUGUAAAGAGAUAUGCCUGGCUUCUGUGGAAAGUGACUUCAACAUAUCAAAAGUCAAUGAAAAUGUAGAUGGCAGCUAUGACUAUGGCAUCUUCCAGAUCAACAGCCACCACUGGUGCCACAUCAGCCACUCAGAAAACAUUUGCCAUAUUGACUGCAAAGACCUGCUCACGACUGAUCUCAUUGGAGCCAUCAAUUGUGCCAAAAAGAUUUUGUCCAAAAGAGGAGGGAUGAGGAACUGGGCAAGGAGGAAGCUGCACUGUGAGGGCCGGCCACUCUCCUACUGGAUAACAGGCUGUCGCCUGAAAUGA